UUUACCCUAAAUUCGAAAAAAAAAAAACCCUUCAAAAGAUACUGGCAACAGUGGUCGCAUGAGGGGACCAAGACCCUUUGAAGAGUCUCACUGUCAAGUCAUGCAAGCCGGCUGAGAAAUUCUAAACUACUUGUCUCAAAGUACAGGCCGCCCGAGUCGCAUAUUCAAGGCGUUACUAACCGGCUCAGCAGCUAGCUGAGACGGCAGUAAAUCGAUGCAUUUUCCAACCCGAUGUUUUGCAAGGGUACGAACAACUGCUGUUCCGGUUUCUCUUCGUGGCCCCCAGAGCCCCCCAAACCACGGAAUGACGGACAAAGGGCUGGCCAGUAACAAAUCGUCCCUUCCCCCGAACUACCUUCUUUAUGGUACCUUGGGGUAUACUAGUAGUCUAGUAUGGAAGGUGCAUCUUCCCUGCCACGAGCCUCUUCGUGGAUCUAUCACGACUCUUAGCUCGUGAAGAGUGGAUCUCGGACGAAAGCCUGUCUAACUGUAGUACCUUGACCUUUACUUUCUACACGCCUCCCCUUGACGCAACCCGACAUGAGCCAAGCUACCCCCAGGUUUAAACGCUUCCGAUACUGACCGAACCCGUCCUGUCCAACAAGUUUAUAACUAUGAAGGACCCCGUCCAUCGAACAGCUUCUCCUUUCCUGAACUCUCUCGUUAAAGCUCCUCGCUCCAGCAUUGCAUCUUCCCAUAAUCUGAGAAACGUCAAAGCCUACGAGGCAACAAUUGCAACCAUGAUUCACAACAACGUCAACAAGACCUCGCUGCACCCUAGCGGUGUCCAGUAUGGGAACCCUACAUCCCCGACCCGCAAGAACUAUAGAGGCAGCCCGCCUCUGCCGCCAGUUCGUCGCGUUGGAGAAACUAACAAUGUGAUUUCCCUAAAUAGGGCUCAUCUCCCCCAUGAACACACUGAGCUAGAGGAGGAACUGCACGAGAAGGCACACAUCGACUACGACAGGGUCGCUAUUAUCCCUAACCCGUCAGUUCCGGCACUGUAUGAGGAUGCAUUGGUGUACGAGCCCGGCUCGGCCAUAUCAUCAACGGGUGCUCUCACGGCGUACUCGGGUAACAAGACGGGUCGUUCUCCCUUAGACAAGCGAGUUGUCAAGGAGCCGUCAUCAGAAAACGACAUCUGGUGGGGACCCGUUAACAAGCCCAUGAGCCCUGACGUCUGGAAGAUCAACCGUGAGCGCGCCAUCGACUACCUCAACACAAGGAGUCGUAUCUACGUUGUGGACGGAUAUGCUGGAUGGGACGAGAAGUACCGGAUCCGAGUGCGCGUGGUUUGCGCUCGUGCCUACCAUGCCCUCUUCAUGCGCAACAUGCUCAUCCGUCCGCCGCGUGAGGAGCUUGAGCACUUCCAGCCAGACUACACCAUUUACAACGCCGGAACCUUCCCCGCCAACAGGUAUACCGAGGGCAUGACUUCGGGCACCUCAGUCGCCAUCAACUUUGCUGAGAAGGAGAUGGUCAUCCUGGGUACCGAGUACGCCGGCGAGAUGAAGAAGGGCAUCUUCACCGUCUUGUUCUACGAGAUGCCCAUCAAGCACAACGUGCUGACACUGCACUCGUCUGCGAACGAGGGCAAGAACGGAGACGUUACACUCUUCUUCGGCCUGUCGGGUACCGGCAAGACCACGCUGUCAGCUGACCCUAACCGCAUGCUUAUUGGCGACGACGAGCACUGCUGGAGCGACACCGGUGUCUUCAACAUCGAGGGCGGUUGCUACGCAAAGUGCAUCGGUCUCUCAGCAGAGAAGGAGCCCGAUAUCUUUGGUGCCAUUCAGUUCGGCUCAGUCCUGGAGAAUGUAGUAUUUGACCCCAACACCAGGGUCGUCGACUACGAUGACAGCACUUUGACUGAGAACACCCGAUGUGCUUACCCCAUCGAGUACAUCUCCAACGCCAAGAUCCCCUGCCUCUCAAACAACCACCCCAGCAACAUCAUCCUCCUCACUUGCGACGCCCGUGGUGUUCUUCCCCCGAUCUCCAAGCUCAACAGCGCCCAGACCAUGUUCCACUUCAUCUCGGGUUACACAUCCAAGAUGGCUGGUACUGAGGACGGUGUCACAGAGCCGCAAGCCACCUUCUCGUCAUGCUUUGCUCAGCCCUUCCUGGCUCUGCACCCGAUGCGCUACGCCAAGAUGUUGGCAGACAAGAUCGAGCACCACAACGCCAACGCUUGGCUGCUCAACACCGGUUGGGUCGGUGCCGGUGCCGCCCAGGGUGGUAAGCGCUGCCCUCUCAAGUACACUCGUGCUAUUCUCGACGCCAUCCACUCGGGCGAGCUCGCCAAACAGGAGUACGAGACAUAUGAGGUGUUCAACCUCCAGGUGCCCAAGAGCUGUCCCGGCGUGCCUUCUGAGCUGCUCAACCCCAAGGCUGCCUGGACCGCUGGAAACGAAAGCUUCGAUAUUGAGGUCAAGAAACUCGGUGGCCUGUUCCUGGAGAACUUCAAGAAGUACGAGAGCGAAGCUACUGAGGAUGUUGUCAAGGCCGGUCCCGUUAUUUGAUUGGCAUGAUUUCUUUGCCUUUCACUUUUGAUCAUUCCGAUUUUUCAUCUCGACGACAAAGUUUGAGACAACCCUUUUUUCCUUAUCAUGUCUUAAUUCAUGGUUUUGCACGGGAUCGUUUUCUACAAGCCUUUUUGGACAUAUAUUCUGGUUUUUUGUUUUACGUUUUGUUUUGGGUAGUCAGCCUUGGCCUCUUGAAAAGUAGGUCUGACAUGGGAAUGAUUUCUAGUAUAUCAGUUUUUUUUAUAUUUCGUCAAGCCGACCUAUGGAGAUUGGAAGAACAAGAUGCUUGGGUGGGUUGCGUGGGUUGCGCGGGGGCGGAAGACGUUCAUAUCUAUAGUCCAAGGGGGAUCGCAUCCCUGACUAGGAGAAAGAAGAUGUAUAGAAAAAGAAAAAAAAAAAAAAAAAAAAAA